CCGCGCACCGCCCUCUCCAACGGACGACCGAAUCCAGAAACCACCACAACUCCAACUGCUAGUUCCCGAACGCACGAAAAGUUGCAAAAAAAGAACUAGCAACCCAGGAACUGCACCAGGAACGGACCGCACGGUGGUAAAAGGCACACAUCUGGAUCGCAUCACAGCUUUGCGCCUAGGGCAAGCUACCGGACAUCAGCAACAAAGCUACUCCGUAGAGAAGACGGGAAACCCAGAGCACGUGAAAGCUCCCCUUCCUCAUCUCCCCAAACACUCUUCCUCACCCACGACAACCAUCUCACGACAAGCUCCUUUCUCGCCAACUCACCCAAAACCUCCCCUCCUCCCCUUCUCCAAUCCUCCUAAUCAACCCAGGGUCCCCCCCCCCUCCCCCCUCACCCACCCCUCAAAAUGGCACCCUCCCCAACAGAAGCGACAAAAUCCCUAAACCAAACCCUCCAAACCUCCCUCCCGACCCCCGUCGCCGACGCCAUCCCCCGCCUCCCCGAAUCCAAAGACGAGCUCAAGGCCGACACGAAAGCGGCGGCCUCCGGCCUCGCAACCCAGCUCCGCUCCCUCGCGGCAGGCGGCUUCGGCGGCGUCUGCGCCGUCGUCGUGGGCCACCCCUUUGACCUCGUCAAGGUCCGCCUCCAGACCGCCGACAAGGGCGUCUACUCUUCGGCCAUCGACGUCGUCCGCAAGAGCGUCGCGCGCGAUGGGCUGCGGAGGGGUCUGUAUGCCGGUGUGAGCGCGCCUCUCGUGGGCGUUACGCCAAUGUUCGCCGUCUCCUUCUGGGCCUACGACCUAGGCAAAACCCUCGUCCGCACAACCUCCGCCGCCCCCGACGCCCCCCUCACCAUAGCCCAAGUCUCCGCCGCGGGCUUCUUCUCCGCCAUCCCCAUGACCGCCAUCACCGCCCCCUUCGAGCGCGUAAAAGUCAUCCUCCAGGUCCAGUCCCAGCGCCUGAAGCCCGGCGAGUCCCCCAAAUACAAAGGCGGCGCCGACGUCGUCCGCCAACUCUACGCCGAGGGCGGGCUCCGCUCCGUCUUCCGCGGCUCCGUCGCGACCUUGGCCCGCGACGGCCCCGGCAGCGCGGCGUACUUCGCCGCCUACGAGUACAUCAAGCGACGGCUCACGCCCAAGGACCCCGUCACGGGGAAGCCUUCGGGCGAGCUGAGCUUGCUCGCCGUCACGGCGGCGGGUGCGGCGGCGGGCGUGGCGAUGUGGAUCCCCGUGUUCCCUGUCGACACCGUAAAGUCGCGCCUGCAGACGGCCGAGGGGAAUGUUACCCUCGGCGGGGUGGUGCGCGAGGUGUACGGAAGAGGCGGCGUCAAGGCCUUCUUCCCUGGUUUCGGACCCGCGCUGGCGAGAGCCGUGCCCGCGAACGCGGCUACGUUCCUUGGCGUUGAGUUGGCGCACCAGGCCAUGAACAAGGCUUUCAACUAGGGGGUGAAAUAGGGGGGAUAGAUGGUGGAUUAGGGUCGGAUGACGUUGGACAGGAUGAAGACGAAAAGGAGCUUUGGUGGUGGAAUACGAAGAAUACACGGGGGCGUUUCUAGAUGGAGGCAUACUCGUCAGGAACUCUUACACAAAAUAGUCUUGAGAUGUUUUCCUUUUUGUCAUGCCUAAACAAGAUUAGA